AUGGCAAAUGUUGACGCUAUUGUCGAGAAGUCUAUUGACGAGCAAACUGAACUUUUCAUCAACUCUAUCGAUCCUGCUACCGUUUGCUCUAUCGCUUCAUCACAUAAUAACGGUGCGAGCUGUACCUUGAUAUCCAACCCAUUGCGGGGCAGUUUCAACAUCUGCUACCCGGUUAUCUUUGGGCCAGAUGGAAAUGGUCAGAAAUGGAUUGUGCGAAUUCCUUUGGUGCCCCGAGUAGCUCUCGUCGAUGAGAAGCUGGAGAGCGAAGUCGCCGUGAUGAACUUUGUGCAGCAAAAGACGACUAUCCCGAUUCCGCGGAUACAUGGUUACGCAAUCAAAAGCCAGAGCCAGGUAGGGUUUGCAUACGUCGUUAUCGAUUAUAUUGAAGGAGAUACACUUUUUGAUAUCGGUUUAUCUUCCCUUGACGAGUCGCAAAAGUCCUAUCUCUAUAGUCAGUUAGCUGAUAUUUUUAUCCAACUGCGAUCUCAUGAGUUUUCAUGUGUCGGAUCUCUCUCAAUCCCGAAAAACAACUCUGAGGGUUACAUUAUUCGACGCCCGUUGUCCAUCGACCUCAAUCAACAGGAGCUAGAAGGAUUACAACCUGGUCAUAUCUCCCAUCUAGAUGACACGUAUGCUUCCGCUGUUGAUUACGUAUAUUCACAAAUGCAGCUCGUCCUCAAUUGGUUUUCCAAAGGUCGCAACAGCGUCUUGAGCGAGUUUGAUGCGGAGAUUGCCUUGUACGACCUUUACCAGUUCCAAGCUCUUGCAGUCGAGUGGAUUAAUCCGACGUACAACCACGGCCCAUUCAUUCUAAUGCACGGAGAUCUACGCCCAACGAAUAUCAUUGUGAAUAAGGACCUAACUAUAAUGUCUAUCAUUAAUUGGGAAUGGAGUCGGAUAAUCCCAGCACAGCUUUUUGUGCCACCAACGUGGCUCACUGGACUGGAGCUAAGUGGGAUCCGCUCGUAUUUCGCCAGAAAGGACUACAUGGUAGAGCUCGUGAAGCUGAGGGAUAUUGUUGCGACCCGUGAAAGCCAACUGCCUCCCACCCUGAACGGGCAUCCUCUCUCCAAAAUUUGGAGCGAAUUGGAGUCUAACAAUUCAUUUCUAAUAGCUGCUGGACUUCUAUCAUUGACCUCAAUUGCUAAUACAUAUGGGGAUUGUCUUGAUUAUAGCUACCAUGGCAACAAUGACCGACCUGGCAGGGCGAAGUCGUUCGUCCAAGCCAGGUGGCAACUACUAAGACUAGUCAAGAAGAAGGUUGUGGAUCGUGCAGCAUACCUAGAAGAUUUAGAACGGCAUGGCAUGGCACAUCUCGAGCAUGAAAGUCCCGCAGUCGAGAAUCUAGUGUCCGAAUCAAAGGAAGAGCAUUUGCAUUUAGAGUCACAGCUGCUCCCCUCAGAUGGCCUUGUUCAAGAGGUUGGGUGCUCUCAUUUGAAGUAA